UGAAGUGACGUCGUUCCGCCUCGGACUUUCGUUUUCAUUUCUCGGGUUGAUUCGCUACUUGAUGUUUUUGUGAUCGUUAAAUCAGUAAACAUGGCGGGGUUGGAGGUGUUAUACACCUGUGUCGGUGGCAGUGUCACGUGUCCACAGGACGCCGUGGUGUGUUUGGUCCACUGGGAGAUGAUAAAGAGCGGGUACAGGUGCAUCGGCUCUGGAGACGAGGCUCGUAGCGGCGAUAAGAAGUCAGAGCUGCUGCCUGCAGACUGGAGCAGUAACAAAGAGCUGUACAGUCUGAGAUAUAAACCCAAAGACGGGGACAACCAGCUGCUGCUCAAAGCCAUCACUGUUGACUCGACCCUGAUCUUCAACCUGAUGAACUCCGGCACACAGCAAGUCUCAGACCUGACAGUGAACAUCAGCGAUCACAUCAACACUGAACAGCUGCAGAACUUUGAAAGUGUGUUUAAGGAUGCUGACAGUUUGUCAGAGAAGGUGAGGACUCAGCUGCUGCCUCCUCAGGACCGGACAACCGGACCGAGGACGGAGAGGAGGAGUCAGAGGGAGGAGGAGGAGGAGAGGCGGAGAGAGGACGACAGCGACCCCCUCAGGAUCCCCAACAGACAUCCUCGACAUGGAACGCAGCCCAACUGGCCUGAUCCCAUGCACCCGUUUGCAGCAGGAGGAGCUGAUCUGGACCCGUUUGGGUCUCGCGGCGGUGGCGGGAUGAUUGUCGACCCGUUGAGGUCAGGUUAUCCUCGCUCUGGUUUUGACCCAUCCAGCGGUAUCCCAGACAUCCUACCCCCCGGAGCGGUUCCUCCCGGAGCUCGCUUUGACCCCUUCGGACCGGUGGGACGACACAGACCGGGGCCGGACAGAGACCACAUGCCCCCGCCCGGAUACGACGACAUGUUCAUGUAGUACCCAGCAGCCUCUUCAUUCUCUUCAUACCUCCUCAUUGUUCCAGUUCUGUCUGGUUAACUGACUACUUCAGUAUAAUACAGCCCUUUUCCCUGUUGUUUUUCUAUGAGGAAAGCUUGUUUUUGCAGUACUUCAUAUCAAUAACUCAUGAAGAAGCUCUCUUUAAUGUAAAACUGGUGUUCAAUACUCAUCACUGGAACGUAACCACAGAGAAAUCUGAUGUUUUCUUCCUGUCAGACUUCGGGUUCAUCCAGCUACAUCUUUAAGUUGUGAAUUUUAAGUUAGAAGAAGAAAUUAGAAAGGUUCUUUAGUUUUUGUUUGUAUUUUUGACCUUCAAAAUUUGGGUGAUAAAAUAUUUGGUGUCUGAUUCCUCUAAUAAAAACACCAGACUUUCA